GGCACUGUGCCUUUGCUGUCCCCUGCCCUUGGUCCCCUCGGGUCCCCUCGGGUCUUCUCUUCUCUCGCCCCCCUCCCUUCCCUACAGCUGGCGGCGGGGGCUGCUCCUUGCAGAGGUCUGGGCUGGCUCUGUCAGCUGGGGCCCCCUGUGGCUGGCUGUGUCCCUAGCCGCUAGGACCUGCCAGUCUGCACGCCAUGGCAGAGGAGGCAGCAUCCCCGCCAGCAUCCCCGCCAGCGGCGGCGGCAGUGGCGUCCACGGCCGCCGCGGAUGCUAUUGUUCCCUAGUGUUAGUUGCUCUUUGGCUGCUUUUCAUCUGGAGCGAACAAUAGCAGCUGAGAGAGCUUUGCUUGCGUUCUCUGCUGGUAAGAGAAGAAGGACCGUCCCCCGCGAGAGUACUGCGGCUCCGGAGGCUGGAGCGGCUGCGGACAGCAUGGGACUGCGAGAAGGGCUCCUGGAGUCCCGUAGCCGGGGCGUCCUGCAGCUGUUGAGGCUGCCACUGCUCUGGCUGCUCCUGCUGAGCUCCUGUGCCCACGGGGCUGCUGCGCAGGGAGACGCCGAGGUGCCCACCCUCUAUCUGUGGAAGACCGGUCCCUGGGGACGGUGCAUGGGAGAUGACUGCGGACCAGGCGGCAUCCAGACCCGGGCUGUGUGGUGUGCUCACGUGGAAGGUUGGACGACACUGCAUACGAACUGCAAGCAGGCCGGGAGGCCCAGUAACCAGCAAAACUGUUUCAAAGUGUGUGACUGGCACAAAGAGUUGUACGACUGGAGGCUGGGACCCUGGAAUCAGUGUCAGCCUGUGAAUUCCAAAAGCCUGGAGAAAGCUCGAGAAUGUGUGAAAGGAGAGGAAGGCAUCCAGGUGAGAGAGAUAACCUGCAUCCAGAAAGAUAAGGACAUUCUCGCAGAGGACAUCAUCUGCGAGUACUUUGAGCCCAAGCCCCUUCUGGAACAGGCCUGCCUCAUUCCAUGCCAACAAGACUGCAUCGUGUCUGAGUUCUCGGCCUGGUCUGAGUGCUCUAGGACCUGUGGCAGUGGUCUGCAGCACCGCACUAGGCACGUGGUUGCACCGCCACAGUUUGGAGGCUCUGGCUGUCCCAACCUUACCGAGUUCCAAGUGUGCCAGUCCAACCCCUGCGAGGCAGAGGAGAGCAUGUACAGCUUGCAGGUGGGGCCCUGGAGUGCAUGCUCAGUGCCACACUCACGGCAAGCCAGGCAAGCCAGGCGUCGUGGCAAGAACAAAGAGCGGGAGAGGGACAGAGGCAAAGCGGUGAAGGACCCAGAGGCCCGUGAACUCAUCAAGAAGAAGAGAAACAGAAACAGACAAAACAGACAGGAGAACAGAUACUGGGAUAUCCAGAUUGGGUAUCAGACCAGGGAUGUGAUGUGUACGAACAAGACCCGGAAAGCUGCGGAUCUCAGCUUUUGCCAACAAGAGAAGCUACCCAUGACCUUCCAGUCCUGUGUGAUCCCCAAAGAGUGCCAAGUGUCCGAGUGGCUGGAAUGGAGCCCAUGUUCAAAAACGUGCCAUGAUGUCACAUCCCCCACUGGCACUCGUGUAAGGACAAGGACUAUCAAGCAGCUCCCAAUUGGAAGUGAAAAGGAAUGUCCAGAACUUGAGGAGAAAGAACCCUGCUUGUCUCAGGGAGAUGGCGCUGUCCUCUGUGCUACGUAUGGCUGGAGAACUACAGAAUGGACAGAGUGCCACGUGGACCCUUUGCUCAGUCAACAGGACAAGAGGCGUGCCAAUCAGACAGCCCUCUGCGGAGGUGGCAUCCAGACCAGGGAGGUAUACUGCACACAGACCAAUGACAACCUGAUCUCCCACUUAAGUACACAAAAGGACAAAGAAGCUUCAAAACCAGUGGACUCAAAAUUAUGCAGUAGCCCUGUUCCUAAUACCACACAGCUAUGCCACAUUCCUUGUCCAGUUGAAUGUGAAGUUUCACCUUGGUCUGCCUGGGGACCUUGUACUUACGAAAACUGUAAUGAUCAACAAGGGAGAAAAGGAUUCAAACUAAGGAAGCGACACAUUACUAAUGAGCCUACUGGAGGUUCUGGGGCAACUGGAAACUGUCCUCACUUACUGGAAGCCAUUCCCUGUGAAGAGCCAUCCUGCUAUGACUGGAAAGCAGUGAGACUUGGAGACUGUGAACCAGAUAAUGGAAAGGACUGUGGGCCUGGCACUCAAGUGCAAGAGGUUGUGUGCAUCAACAGUGAUGGAGAGGAAGUGGACAGACACCUAUGCAGAGAUGCAAUCUUUCCCAUUCCUGUGGCCUGCGAUGCUCCGUGCCCAAAGGACUGUGUGCUCAGUGCAUGGUCCACAUGGUCCUCCUGUUCACACACCUGCUCCGGGAAAACCACAGAAGGGAAACAGAUCCGAGCUCGCUCCAUUCUGGCCUAUGCAGGUGAAGAAGGUGGAAUCCGCUGUCCAAACAGCAGUGCUUUGCAAGAGGUGCGCAGCUGCAAUGAGCAUCCAUGCACUGUGUACCACUGGCAAACUGGUCCAUGGGGUCAGUGUAUAGAGGACACAUCAGUGUCAUCCUUCAAUACGACUACAACAUGGAAUGGGGAAGCUUCGUGCUCUGUGGGCAUGCAGACACGGAAAGUCAUCUGUGUGCGAGUCAAUGUGGGCCAAGUGGGACCCAAGAAGUGUCCUGAAAGCCUUCGGCCUGAAACAGUAAGGCCUUGCUUGCUGCCUUGUAGGAAGGAUUGUAUCGUGACUUCAUACAGUGACUGGACACCAUGUCCCUCUUCAUGCAGAGAAGGGAACUCUGGACCCAGGAAGCAGUCUAGACAUCGGGUCAUCAUUCAGCUGCCAGCCAAUGGAGGCCGGGACUGCUCAGACCAGUUAUAUGAAGAGAAGGCCUGCGAGGCGCCUCCCAUGUGUCACAGCUACAGGUGGAAGACACACAAAUGGCGUAGGUGCCAGUUAGUUCCUUGGAGCAUUCAACAGGAUGUCCCUGGAGCCCAGGAAGGUUGUGGGCCUGGACGACAGGCAAGAGCCAUUACUUGUCGAAAACAAGAUGGAGGGCAGGCUAGCAUCCAGGAGUGCCUCCAGUAUGCAGGCCCUGUGCCAGCCCUGACCCAGGCUUGCCAGAUCCCCUGCCAAGACGACUGUCAAUUUACCAGCUGGUCCAAGUUUUCUUCAUGCAAUGGAGACUGCGGUGCAGUUAGGACCAGAAAGCGUGCUAUUGUUGGAAAAAGUAAAAAGAAGGACAAAUGUAAAAACUCCCAUUUGUACCCUCUGAUUGAGACUCAGUAUUGUCCUUGUGACAAAUACAAUGCACAGCCUGUGGGAAACUGGUCAGACUGUAUUUUACCAGAAGGGAAGGCUGAAGUGCUGUUGGGAAUGAAAGUACAAGGAGACAGCAAAGAAUGUGGACAAGGAUACCGUUACCAAGCAAUGGCAUGCUACGACCAAAAUGGAAGACUUGUUGAAACAUCGCGAUGCAACAGCCAUGGUUACAUAGAAGAAGCCUGCAUCAUUCCCUGCCCCUCAGACUGCAAGCUCAGUGAGUGGUCCAACUGGUCCCGCUGCAGCAAGUCCUGUGGCAGCGGCGUGAAGGUCCGGUCCAAGUGGCUGAGAGAAAAACCUUAUAACGGAGGCAGACCUUGCCCCAAACUGGACCAUGUCAACCAGGCACAGGUGUAUGAGGUCGUACCAUGCCACAGUGACUGCAACCAGUACAUAUGGGUCACGGAGCCGUGGAGUGUCUGCAAGGUGACCUUUGUGGACAUGCGGGAUAACUGUGGAGAGGGUGUGCAGACCCGUAAAGUGAGAUGCAUGCAGAAUACAGCAGAUGGCCCUUCUGAACAUGUGGAGGAUUAUCUAUGCGACCCAGAAGAUAUGCCUCUGGGCUCUAGAGAGUGUAAACUACCAUGCCCUGAGGACUGUGUGAUAUCUGAGUGGGGGCCAUGGACCCAGUGUACUUUGCCUUGCAACCCAAGUGGUUCCCGGCAAAGGUCAGCUGAACCCAUCAGACAGCCUGCUGAUGAAGGAAGAGCCUGCCCAGAUGCUGUGGAGAAAGAACCCUGUAAUCUCAACAAAAACUGUUACCACUAUGACUACAAUGUCACAGACUGGAGUACAUGCCAGCUGAGUGAGAAGGCAGUGUGUGGAAACGGCAUUAAAACAAGGAUGCUGGACUGUGUUCGAAGUGAUGGCAAGUCCGUUGACCUGAAAUAUUGUGAAGAGCUGGGCCUAGAGAAGAACUGGCAAAUGAGCAUGUCCUGCAUGGUGGAAUGCCCUUUGAACUGCCAACUUUCAGACUGGUCUUCUUGGUCAGAGUGUUCUCAAACAUGUGGACUCACAGGAAAAAUGAUUCGAAGACGAACAGUGACACAGCCCUUUCAAGGUGAUGGGAGACCCUGCCCUUCCCUGAUGGAACAGUCCAAGCCUUGCCCAGUGAAGCCAUGCUACCAUUGGCAGUAUGGCCAGUGGUCUCCAUGCCAAGUUCAGGAGGCUCAGUGCGGAGAAGGAACCAGGACACGAAAUAUUUCUUGUGUAGUGAGUGAUGGCUCAGCUGAUGAUUUCAGCAAAGUUGUGGACGAAGAGUUCUGCACUGACAUUGAGCUCAUUGUAGAUGGUAAUAAACAGAUAGUUCUGGAGGAAACCUGCACCCAGCCCUGCCCAGGUGACUGCUAUUUGAAUGACUGGUCCUCAUGGAGUCUUUGUCAGCUGACCUGUGUGAAUGGUGAGGAUCUUGGCUUUGGUGGAAUCCAGGUGCGAUCCAGAGCAGUUAUUAUACAGGAACUAGAAAAUCAACAUCUGUGCCCAGAGCAGAUGUUAGAAACAAAGUCAUGUGAUGAUGGACAGUGCUUUGAGUACAAGUGGAUGGCGAGUGCUUGGAAGGGCUCCUCUCGAACAGUGUGGUGUCAAAGGUCAGAUGGUGUGAAUGUAACAGGGGGCUGCUUGGUAGUGAGCCAGCCUGAUGCCGACAGGUCUUGUAACCCACCAUGUACUCAACCCCACUCAUACUGUAAUGAGAUGAAGGCAUGCCGCUGUGAAGAAGGGUACACUGAAGUCAUGUCCUCCAACAGCACCCUUGAGCAAUGUACACUUAUCCCAGUGGUGGUGAUUCCCACUGUGGAGGACAAAAGAGGAGAUGUGAAAACCAGUCGGGCAGUUCACCCAACCCAACCCUCCACUAACCCAGCAGGACGGGGCAGGACCUGGUUUCUACAGCCAUUUGGGCCAGAUGGAAGACUAAAGACCUGGGUUUACGGUGUCGCGGCUGGGGCAUUUGUACUGUUAGUCUUCAUUGUCUCCAUGAUUUAUCUAGCUUGCAAGAAGCCAAAGAAACCCCAAAGACGGCAAAAUAACCGUCUCAAGCCUUUAACCUUAGCAUAUGAUGGAGAUGCCGAUAUGUAACAUUGACUCUUCCUGGAAACAACCAGACUUGGCCUUUUGCCUUUGUAGUAGACAUCCAGGGACCACAGUGCUAGUAUUCAAACCUCUGAAUUAUAAUUAAUUUAAAAUGUUACGAACACCAUCCUUAAGAAGAAAAGAAGAGAAAACCCCCCUCCCACUGGGAAUAUUCAAGACAGCACCACUGACAUACAGAGAGUCAACCUUGAGAAUACUAGCAGAUGCAGUGGAAUGCAUGUUGUGUCACGAGAGUUUUGAAUCAUCUUUUCUGAAAUCUACCGAUUGAAAACAAACCACUUUAAUCCCUAAAAAGCCUUGAGGAAAUUGGCCAAUUGGGAAGCCAGAUGCAAGACUGCUUGUAGCACUAACCCGCAGAGCUUUCUAGCAUGAAAAAUUCAUAAUGAAGGUUUUAUAACUCUACACUUAAGCAUAACAACAUGUAUAGCCAAUCAACUGAUACACAUAUUGAUGUCAUCUUAUAUACUUGUUAAUAAUCAAUGUUUAACAGUGAAGAAGAUAAAGUCCUAUGCUAGAUGGAGAACCCAUUGAACAAUUUAGCAUCUUCAUGGUUGAUGGUAGCUUUUAUUGGCCUGCAUUUCAGAGACAAACUCUUUUGUAAGACUAUUCUUGUCUCUUUCCAAUGUGUGAAUGCUGGACGUGUACUAGUAUCUUAGAAGACAGAAUCCUCAAGUUCGGUAUUUUAUAGUGGUUAUUGUCUAGGAAACAAAUAUGCUUGUGUUAAUACAUUUCUACUUUCCCUAAUUUCACACUGGUUGCCUACAUCUUUUUUGCUAUAUGGAAGGCACAUUUUGCACUAUAUUAGUGCAUCAUGAUAGGAACUUAACCAGUAUUGCCAUAGGAACUUCCUCUUUUCAUACGGGAUCUGUGCCAGGAGUGCUGUGGAGACAUUUGCAAGCUUGUACUCGGGAGAGAGUUAGUUCAGUCUUGUUGGUAACAGGAUCGAAUCUGCUACUACAUCUGCUGUCUACACUCUUCCUUCUCACUACAGCCAUUAGGAAAUUGAAAACACGGCAAGAAUUCAAGUGAUGAAGUCCCUAACCCAUCAACCUCCAAAGGGUGGAAGCCCCUGGUUGGGUUGCAGUUGCUCUUGGAAGGCUGUUUCUGAUGAGAUUUAUAUAUUUGUUAUCUUUGUUUAAAAAAAGAAGAAGAAAAGAAAAGAAAAAAGGACUGGUUGUCUUCGUAAUUUUGAGCAGAUGGAGAAAAUAAUGUACUGAUGAUUUUUGUAACAAAAAAAUCACAAUUAUGUGUUAGCUUUUCUUUCUUCCUGAUUUGCUUUCUCGGUGUGAGGUUGACAUUCUGUCAUGUAGGCUGUCUUUCACUGUCAUGGUCUUUUGCCCUUCUCCUGACUGAAAUCUCAAGCAGUAUGAUUCUAAAACCUAAAGCUUAAAAAGAGAAGAGCAAGUUAUCUCAUCUAGAGUUUGCUUAAAUAUCAAGAGCAACAGUCACAAACCUUAUAAGAAAAAGAUCAAACAGGAAAUGUUUUCAGUCAGGUCUGUAGUUGAGCUGGCAACACUCCCAUUGUUCCAUGGUGCCAGAGAAGAUACUCCACAGGAAAAACAGUGACAUCACUGUUUUCCAUGAAAAAAACAACAGGCUGUUUUUACAUGUCUUAGUUUGUGAACCUACCUUACUCUGUAGAUGUGUUCAUAGAGCUAGCUCUACCGUAUACAAUCGUUAGUUUUCAGUUGUUUACUCUCUGUCUACCAGCUUUGAUCUCACAGGUCACAAUUUAUAGUCAUUACUAUUGUUGGGGAAGUGGUUCUGUAUUCACUGGCAUAGCCUGGGAAAUGCUAUCAUGGAGUAUUUCUCACUUUUUCCUUCUAAAAAGGAAGUUAAACUGUGUAGGGGGAAAAAACAGUCACGUAUUUCUGGCAGUAACUGCUGCAGUUAGCUUCUGGACCAUUUCCAGUCAUUUAAAUACAGUAAACACCUUUAGGGUUUUGCUUUGUUUUGUUUGUUUUUAAGCUUAAACAUUUGUGUGUUGCUGGAACUGUGGUUUGGGUGAUGAGGUAUUUGCCUUCAUAGACUGGGUAUGAGCUCCCCCUGCUGUCCAUUAGAACAGCAUUUCCUGCAAAGAUUACAAAAGAAUCCUGAGUGUAUUGUAAUCCCACAAAUGAAAAUCUUUAUAUAAAUUCAAUAUGAAAAAUGUGAUAAGUACCUUUUAUUUAUUCCAAAUUUAAGGUUUUAGAUGGUAUAUGUCAUUUCAAAGAGAGGAGACAGGAGGAUGAGUUUACUGUAAGCCAAGGAUUUAGUUGAAGUAUAACAUGAAGAGGAAGGAAAAUAAUAUUGUUACUAUAAAACUGUGAUUGUUACACAAACACACACAUGCACACACACACAAACACACACACACACACACACACAUACGAGGUCUUCAACAUAAUUCUUAAGUUAAUCUCUUUGGAUCAAAAAGCUCAGUUCAAAAUAGAUGAAACAUAAUCCAUUGUGAUUAGGUGAAAAAUUGUAACAAUCUGAUGAAAUGUAGGCAACACCUAGCAUUCUUGAGAUGGGGAAUAAAAUCUUAUUUUAUUCCUUGCACAAGCUACAUUUAAGGUAUUUUAUGAAAUGUGAUUAAUUAUAAAGACAAAUCAGUGCUCUCCUACCUAGGAUAUAAUAAAUAAGUUAAAAAAUCAUAAGAUAUAAAAAUUGUGAAGAUGAAGGAUGUUUAUGAAUAAAUAAUUGUAUUUAAAGCUACAUUAAUGUUGGAAAAACUGGAUAUUCCGUAUCAGGAUAAAUCAGUACUGCAUGGAUUAUUGUUAGAAAUGGGAAAAUGAGAAUGUAUCCAUUUGGAUAAUUUGGACCAAUGGGUGCUUAUUAUACUUAUACUUAUUAUACUUAUAAUUCAGGAGGUAAACAGUAAAAUUUUUCUGAUGACAACCUGUGCCUUUCCAAAACAGUCUGUGGGCAGAAAUAAAAGGAGAGGGAGACAGGAAGGGAGGGAAAGAUGGAGGAGGAAGGGAAAGAAGGAAGGAAGGAAGGAAGGAAGGAAGGAAGGAAGGAAGGAAGGAAGGAAGGAAGGAAGGAAGGAAAGGAAGAAGAGAGAUGAUCUUCUAUUUGAUUUUAAGAAGAAAGGACAAAUGCAGAUAUGUAUAGAAUAUUGUUGGACUAUCCCAGGAAGAGUGGCAUGACUGAUAUUCCUUGAAAGAGGCUGAUUUGCCUAUUCAUCAGUGCCCAUCCAGUAUACUGACUAUAAAUAAGCUCUAUUUCGAGGUUUCUUUGAGUGUAGCCUAAACUAAUUGAAAAGGGGUACAUUAAAGCAUGUCUUUAAUUAUUUAUAUAAUGAAGCACAAAUUACUUAUAAGAAGACAUAUUUAUUGAGUUAUCACAUGUCCGACACUCAGCUGGACACUUAAAAUUAGUAAAGGCUUUGUAUACAUAAGUUACUAAGACAUCCAAAAGAAGAAAAAGCAUGCUUUUUAGAGGCGCUUGCUUUGGAACACAUUACUACAGAUUCUUUAAAAGCAUGCUUAGUCCUUUUCCACAGGGAUUGUAAAUGUUGGAACAUGCUUUGAGGGGUGGCAAUGGUCAUAGUGGCUUAAUAAAACUGCCAAGUUCCUGAAUAUUUCAAGAUAAAGGCAUUGCUUCUGGAGGAAGAAAGCAGUACUUCCCACACAUGCCUUUAACUCCUCUGACUUACUGUAUCCUUGCUUCUGUGUGAUGCUCCUCUCUGACUAUUCUCUCUAAUUCUACUCUCCUCCUGCUUUCCAUAGCCUUGUCUCCUUCCCUCCAAACCACCUGCCUCUAAACACGUCCAAAAUUUUACAAGGAAAAGUGUAGCAUAUUCAUUAACUCUUCCUACUGAAAAACAAACAUCAAUUAGGGUGUAAACAUUUUUAUCUUAUAAAAGCAAUGAAUAAGGAGUAAAGAGUCACACCGGUGACACACCAAGAGAAGAACAAAAAGAAAAUCUGAAAAUGUCAGUUUCUAUAUUUAUAUUGUUAUUAGUCAGUAUUCCCUUAUUCCCCCUAUUUUCAUCUAAAAUCUCUGUUCUCUUCCCACGUUGCACAAGAGUGAAAAAGUCUGUAUCUAUCCAUAAUGAACAGGAAAGAGCCUAUUUCUAGGGAGACUUAAAAUAGAUUUAUAGAGAUCAUGCUUUCCAAUGUCCUGCAAUGUUGUCAUUUGUAACAUUUACACCAUCAGUUUGAAUGUGAUUUGUCAAGUUUCCCUUGUACUGAGGGCGGAGGCAGCCAGCAGUCCCUGAACAAGUCUAUGCGAACCCUUGGAGAGAAUCCUUGAGCACUGGUUGUCUAGUUUGGGUAUGAGAACAGAAUCUCCCUGUCCUGGUUGCCCGUCAGGGAUUCUGACACAGAGGUGUGGACACAGCAAUUGACUUGUUCUUAGUUUUAUAUUUCUUUUUGGUUUUUCUAUCAAUAAGAUAUUUGCAGUGUGAUUAAAAAGUCUUAUGUAACAAACACAGUGGGAAGUGCUUAUGUCUGCAAUGUUAAAUGAAUAAGGUAAAUGUUAAACAUACAGAGUUAAAUAUGCAUUUUGAUUCUGCUCUGUCAAGCCAGACCAGAAACCUGGAAACAACUGAAGCAAGCCACCUUGUCAGUGGGUAAAAACCUACUUUACUUAGACUAUAACUGGCUAUAAGUCUUAUUGUUCUGUUUUGUAGUUGUUUGGUUUCUUUUCUUCGUUUAAGUAACCUAAUUUUGAGCCUCAAUAAACUCUCGGGAUAAUUUGUUCCUGUUUAUUUUUAAAAUUAAACAUUUAGAUUCCAUUUCUGGUCCUUUGUCUUUUGUCCCUUUUUAUCACAGAAUUUUGAGAAGAUCAGUACCCAUUACUGUAAAAUAUAAUUUUGUUGAAUUUAUAAGCAAUUAUUUCUUUAAAUUAUAUGGGUCUAAGUGGGACACUUUUGUUAAUUUAACUACCUGAAUAUUUAUUUUGCUGGAGUAAGGAGGCAACUGUCUGUGAAUCUUUUGUUAAUAUUACUUUGUAAAUUGUGUAAUGUAAUUUAUUUUAAAUUAUGUGUACUUAUUUUUAGCACAAAAUAUCUAUGUACAAGUACUGCAGAUUGGCAAACACUGUCACUGAACUUUAUGCAGCCAAUGUGGAUGAUGUGUGGAGAUGUAAUGUGCUUUUCUACAUUUUCAUAUGGGUUAUUUGUAAAUAUCUAUAUUGCUGACAGACAUAAAUCAGAAAUCAUUUUCAUUCUAA